GUUAUGUUUGUAUUGGUCAGGUGAAGCUUGCUAUAAAAGGGAGACCAUGAGGACAUGCAGCUCACCUUGUUUUCAUGUUGCUCCUGAGCCAAGAUGAAAGUCAUCACUCUCCUUGCACUUUGUGUGACUCUGUUCUGCCAGGGAUACAGCAACUCCCUGGACUCGUGUCAGGGUCGGUGUGGUUAUGGGACAGACAGUAAUUUCUCCUGUCAGUGUAACCCAUCCUGUGAACGCUACAGUGACUGUUGUUCAGACUACGCUGAAUUGUGCAAAGCUGGAGCCACAUCUUGUAAAGGUAGAUGUGGUGAGAAAUACAACUCUCAGAACAAGUGCCACUGCAACUCCAAGUGCACCCAGUACAAGAACUGCUGCAGCGACUACACAGACCUCUGUGACAGUGAUGGAGGUGGUGGUGGCAGUGUGAUCACUGAUGCUGAGAUCAAAUCCGUCUCCGAGGCGCUUUACGCUCUGGACUCGAACAAGGCUUCAGCGUCCGAGUUGAUUAUCGACCCUCAGGCUCUGGUGCCCAACUCUGAGACAAGCUCAGAGACAGAUCUCUCCUCUCAGCCCUUGUUCCGCUACCUGGAUGAGGAGACUCUCUUCUCCAGACCCACAUAUGCUGCUUUCCUGGCUGUUCUGGACAACUACCACAGGAUGACUGGGCAGACAGAGGACUUCAACCCUCAGCAGCUGGCUGAGCAAGAGACUUUCGUCAAGGAGACCAUGUCCAACACUGAGCUGGGCAGGGAGCUGUUUGCCUUCCUCUACACAAAGGGUGUCUAUGCAUCAGAGGAAGAGUUCAUUCAGGAUCUGAAGAUGAUGUGGUUUGGUCUAUACUCCCGCUACAACAACAAGAUGGACUCCAGUGGCUUUGAACACAUCUUUGCAGGAGAGGUCAAGGGAGGAAAAGUGUCUGGUUUCCACAACUGGAUCCAGUUUUAUCUUCUUGAGAAGAGGGGAGAGCUGAACUACUACAGUCAUAGCUUCAAUGGGCCUUGGACUACCUACCCUGAUGUCAUGGGGAUGCAGUUCAUGUGGGAUGGCUACUACAAGCAGGUUGGCUCUGCAGUCAUUGGCUGCAGCCCAGAAUUUGACUUUGCCAUUUACAGCCUCUGCUACAUCACUCGUCCCGGAAAACAGUGUCGUCUGAGCCUGGGAGGAAAGGAGCUCAUCAUUCAAACCUACACCUGGGACAAAACUACCUACGGUGAUGGGAAGAAGUUCAUUGGCUCGGCCUUUCCUGCAACACCCAGGAACUGAAGCUGUUAUCUGCUGAAGGAGAAGCAACUUACAGAGCAGUAAAAUACUUUGAAAUAACAUUUCCCAACAGAGGCACUUAUCUCAGUGCGAAGUACGCCUAAAUAAAAGUUAAAAGGUAUGAGGUGGCAUCAACGUGUCACGCCAUCUGAUCUUCAUUCCCACCAUGUUGUAAUAAAGCAAUUCAUAAUAAUCUGAAAACUGUA